AUGGUCAAACCUAAAAUAGCCAAUAAGAUUAUCCCUGAUAAAUUACACCCAGUUACUACGAGGACGGCGGCACUAGCUACUUCAGCGAUUCUUAAAAUCAAUGUUUGGAGAAAGGGAGAGAACAAGUACACUAAGCCCACGGAGCCUUUGGUCAAGAAAACCAAGACUAUUAGGCGUGCGUCGAAGUCACUACAUGGAGAGCCAUCAACUGUUGGGGAUCUCAUGUACCUGCAACGGCAUGCACACUACGAAGAAUUGAUCGACAAAAAAGCUGUUGAAGUGGCGAGUUCUGAUGGAUGGUUCUCGUCUGACACACGUUUGCCAGAGGAGAAGGUGACCUAUCGCUUCAUCAAAGUUGAUAACUUCAACGAGUGGCAAUUAGUGAACGGAACCGAGAACAUCGUGCCUAUGCCUGAACCUAUGUUCCCAGGACUACGUGUGGAUGUGCAUCCUAUGCGUGCCUGUGAGCAGAAUAUAGCAGAUAUUAAGCGAGCCCUCAAGGGGUGCCCCGAUCUACUCACGGCAUUUCGAGAGCUCCCAGAGAUGCGGGAGAGAUGUGUUGGUAUGUUCAGUUGGGCCGGUGCCUAUGGAGGAUCCUUCGUGGCGAAUGAUAUGUACAAUACCGUCAAGGAAUACGACACACCGUACAUUAUGUCCAAUCUCAAUUGCAUUCUCGAAUACAUUUGCCCGGUGAUCGAUCUGCGCAAGAUAUUCGUACCCCUGUGUGCCCGUGAGUGA